CUACUGUCGACUCAGCCUUGCCGUUCCACAAUUCGACAACCACAUCGCACCCAUUACUCCGGCCCUUGCAGCUUAGCUGCAUUCUAUUGAUAAAGCUAAUGGAUAAAUUGAGAAUCCAUGAAACUGGAAAAGGUCGGCUACGAAAGCAGUGUAAUGAAACGCGUCUUCUGAGGCAGACAAACGGAAUGCCUUGGGGAGGUUGGAGAGAGUAUAUAGACAAAAGAGCCUGAGGUGUAAAUAGGUUUCGCCUUCCAUGGAUUGACGAGGCAAAGUGAAGUUACUCUUGACUCAUUAAGAAUUACCAACUGACUUGGAUUCGCCAUCGAGACUCUUUAAUCGAUGUCCCUACUUCGCAGACUUCUAUCUUCUUCCUCCUUACCAACCCCUCAAUUUCAAUCUUCCCCAAGCACAACACCAGCCAACAUGGGCAACUGUCAUUCUUCCCAGCACACGGAGCACACAGCCCCUGCUCAGCGCAGAUCUGUUGGAGGCUCAAAAUCCCUGCACUCCCACGUGGCGACUCAGCCCUACCAGCAGCAGCAGUCUAGUACACCGAUGGACAGCUCGAUGUGGUCCCCUCCGCCCUACAGCAGCACAAACAAUAACACCACUAUCCCAGCAACAACUAUUUCGUCAUCCAGCGGCCCCGCUCUCAACGACACCGCGUACUCCUUCCUCAGCACCUUUGACACUGUCUUCCUCGUCGACGACAGCACCAGCAUGCGCGGCAAACGCUGGCGCGAAGCCGAAGACGCAAUCGCCGCGAUUGCACCCAUCUGUACACACUACGACGCCGACGGGAUCGACAUUUACUUCCUCAACCAUCGCAACCACUCGUCCUCUGGCGGCGGUUCGGUCGGCGGCUACCAGAACGUCACCGAUGCCUCGGGCGUGCGCGAGAUCUUCAAGUCGGUUUCACCCUCUGGUGCAACCCCCGUCGGAACACGGCUGCAUCAGAUUCUCACACCAUAUAUGCGUGAUCUAUCGAGGUUGACCUCGCAGGGCCGCGAGUCAGAUAUCAAACCAUUGAACAUCAUUGUCAUCACAGAUGGUGUCUUCACCGACGAUGCAGAGAGCGUCAUUGUCAGCGUCGCCCGCCAGCUUGAUCACCCCAACGUGCAGGCUGCUCCCUGGCAGGUGGGCAUUCAGUUUUUCCAGGUUGGCGAUGAUGAGCCGGCGCGCGAGUAUCUGCAGAAUCUGGACGAUGACCUUGUCAAAAGGAGGAGCUAUGAUGGGAUUAGAGAUAUCGUUGAUACUGUACCUUGGCGCGGGGAUAGGGGCAAGGUGCUCAAUGCUGAUGGUAUUUUGAAGUGCGUGCUUGGGGCAGUGAACAAGAAGUAUGAUAAGAGUGAAGCUUCCCGUUAAUGGUUCAUCGUCGGUCUUCUCUUCUCGUUUCUCAAGUGUUUUAUUGCUUUUCUUUCUCUUUUCCAAGUUGGGCGGCCGUCUGGGUUCAGAAGCGAUUCAAAGGCGUUCCGGAUGAUUUCCUCAGACAGUCCGGUCAAGACCAGGCUUUCCA